AUGCCAACAGCCAACAGCCAACAGGGGUUGGUGCAAGUUCCGCGAAAAUCAAUUACAUGGAGCGCGGAAAUCCUCGCAAAGUGAAACCGGCGUCGUUUAAAUCCGCCAGGCAAGGCAACGACCUUUGUGAGCCUGGUAAAUCCUCCAGUCAAAUUUAGUCGUCCUCGAUCUUCAUCUUCUUUGCUUCUCUCUCUCUCUCUCUAGCUUACUCGUUGUGUGUGCGCGCGCUCACAGCUGCUCGGAGAAAGCGACUCAGAUAUUAAUUCUCGGCAACUGUAAAAAUGGAGACCAGAAGAGAGAGCAGAUCCGCAAAGCGGAAGACCAAAUACAAUGCCGACAUUUCUGGCGUUCUCCGGAAGUCCUGGUAUCGCCUACGGCUGUCGGUCCGCCACCCCUCUAGGGUUCCGACGUGGGACGCCAUCAUCCUCACGGCGGCGAGUCCCGAGCAGGCCAACCUCUACCACUGGCAACUAGACCGCGCCAAGCGCAUGGGCCGUAUUGCCACUUCCACCGUCACACUCGCCGUGCCCGAUCCUGACGGCCAGAGAAUAGGCUCCGGCGCCGCCACUAUCAGUGCCAUCGCCGCGCUGGCUCGACAUUUUGGGAAGCUUGGCCUCGAUCUCGGUUCUCAGGAUAUUCAUGAUAAUCAAGUGGCAGAUGCGAGGCUCAGCAAUGAAGUUUCUUUGCCACCAAUAGCUGAGUUCAUAGCCAAAAGGCAUAUACUAUUGCUUCAUGCUGGAGGUGACUCUAAAAGGGUACCAUGGGCAAAUCCUAUGGGGAAAAUUUUCUUGCCACUUCCCUAUUUGGCAGCUGAUGAUCCUGAUGGGCCAGUUCCGUUGCUGUUUGACCAUAUACUUGCAAUUUCUUCUUGUGCAAGGCAAGCUUUUAAAAAUGAAGGUGGGUUGUUCAUUAUGACUGGGGAUGUUCUUCCAUGUUUUGAUGCUUCCACUAUGGUUCUUCCUGAGGAUACAGCCUGCAUCAUCACUGUUCCUAUCACCCUUGACAUUGCUUCUAACCAUGGUGUUAUUGUAGCAUCCAAAACUGGGACCCUAGAUAAAACUUGUUCUGUCAGCUUAGUUGAGAAUCUUCUACAGAAACCUAGUGUAGAGGAGCUUGUUAACAACAAGGCAAUUCUAGACAAUGGUCGAACAUUGCUUGAUACAGGAAUUAUAGCAGUUAGAGGUCAAGCAUGGUUAGAGCUUGUUGAGCUGUCAUGUUCCAGCCAACCAAUGAUUGUAGAGCUUUUGAGGAGCAAAAAAGAGAUAAGUUUAUAUGAAGAUCUGAUAUCGGCUUGGGUACCUACAAAACAUGAGUGGUUGCGAGGACGCCCUUGGGGUGGAGAACUAAUCAAAAGAUUGGGAAAGCAAAAGAUGUUCAGCUAUUGUGCUUAUGAUUUGUUAUUCUUGCAUUUUGGAACCUCUAGUGAAGUUUUAGAUCACCUAAGUGGGACCUUCUCAGGACUUGUAGGUCGGAGGCACUUGUGUUCCAUUCCAGCGACCACAGCAUCAGAUGUUGCAUCAUCUGCCAUCGUUCUUUCAAGCAAAAUUGCACCUGGUGUAUCAAUUGGGGAAGAUUCUAUUGUAUAUGAUUCAACAGUUUCAGGUGGCGUGCAGAUUGGCUCUCAAUCUAUAGUGGUUGGCGUUAAUGUCCCAGGGGACUAUGCUGGGAGAGUCGGGGACCCAUUUAGGUUCAUACUUCCAGAUCGUCAUUGUCUUUGGGAGGUACCUUUAGUUGGGUGUACGGAACGAGUUAUUGUGUACUGUGGCCUCCAUGAUAACCCAAAAAGUUCACUUUCCAGGGGAGGGACUUUUUGUGGGAAGCCAUGGAAGAAGAUUCUUGAUGAUUUGGACAUUCAGGAAAAUGACUUGUGGAACACAGCUGGUAUCCUGGAAAAGUGCUUGUGGAAUGCAAAACUAUUCCCCAUUCUUUCUUAUUUCGAUAUGCUUAGUUUGGCAACGUGGCUAAUGGGCUUGAGUAAACAAAAAGAAGAAUCGGUGCUUUGUUCAUGGAGAAGUUCACGCCGUGUCAGUUUGGAGGAAUUGCAUAGAUCAAUUGACUUUCCAAAGAUGUGCAUAGCUUCGAGUAAUCAUCAAGCUGAUCUUGCAGCUGGAAUUGCUAAAGCUUGCAUUAAUUAUGGAUUGCUUGGCCAUAACUUGUCUCAAUUGUGUGAAGAAAUUCUACAGAAAGAAGAGUCUGGCUUUGAGAUAUGCAAGGACUUUCUAGACAUGUGUCCGUACCUUCAAGCUCAGAACUCUAUGAUUCUUCCCAAAAGCAGGGCAUACCAGGUGCAAGUUGAUCUCCUUCGAGCAUGCAGAGAUGAAAAAGCAGCAUAUGAGUUGGAGCAUGAAGUUUGGGCUUCAGUUGCUGAUGAAACUGCGUCCGCAGUGAGAUACGGAUUUAAAGAUGUCUUGGAGCCUUCUACUAGAACACCUUCAGCACAUCAUGGAAAUAAUGUUGAUGGCUUUGUUAACCAAACCUUCUGCCAUAAAAGUGUAAAAGUUGAGUUACCAGUUCGUGUAGAUUUUGUUGGGGGUUGGAGUGAUACUCCUCCAUGGAGCUUGGAGCGAGCUGGUUGUGUUCUGAAUAUGGCAAUAAGUUUGGAAGGUUCUCUUCCAAUUGGUACUAGCAUAGAGACUACAAUGGCAACUGGAGCAUUGAUUUGUGAUGAUGCUGGAAACCAGUUACACAUUGAAGAUCUUACCUCUAUUAAGAUUCCAUUUGACCGUGAUGAUCCAUUUCGGCUUGUGAAAUCUGCUUUGCUUGUGACUGGUAUCUCUCAUGACAAUAUCCUUCAAUCCCUAGGCUUGCGAAUCAAGACAUGGGCCAAUGUCCCCCGUGGCAGUGGCUUGGGGACUUCUAGCAUUUUAGCAGCAGCAGUUGUGAAGGGACUUCUUCAAAUAACUGAUGGAGAUGAAAGUAAUGAAAAUGUUGCCAGACUUGUUUUGGUAUUAGAGCAGCUGAUGGGCACAGGAGGAGGCUGGCAGGAUCAAAUUGGAGGUUUAUAUCCAGGGAUUAAAUUUACUGCUAGUUUUCCUGGAAUACCAUUGCGACUUCAAGUCAUUCCCUUGUUGGCAUCUCCGCAGUUGUUUGUGGAGUUGCAGGACCGGUUGCUUGUGGUAUUUACUGGUCAAGUUCGGCUUGCACAUCAAGUCCUACAAAAGGUGGUAAUUCGAUACCUACAACGUGAUAACCUACUUGUCUCCAGCAUCAAACGGCUUUCUGAACUGGCAAAGAUUGGGAGGGAAGCUUUGAUGAAUUGUGACAUAGAUGAGCUUGGGGAGAUAAUGUUGGAGGCUUGGCAAUUGCAUCAGGAACUGGAUCCCUACUGCAGCAACGAAUUUGUUGAUAGGCUUUUUGCAUUUGCUGAUCCCUUCUGCUGUGGCUACAAGCUUGUAGGUGCUGGUGGAGGGGGCUUUGCUUUGUUACUGGCCAAGGAUGCCCAGCGUGCGAAGGAACUGAGACAUAUGCUGGAAGGAAAUUCAGAUUUUGAUGCCAAUGUCUACAAAUGGAACAUUGUCUGAGAAUGUUAAAGAAGAUGUUAUGAGAAGUUAAAUUAGUUAUUUGUUUAUUUAUUUAUUCUUAUAUAUGUCAUUUAUAGAUUAUGCUGAAUUGUUGAUAACAUUUAAGUUCUUGUGGUGUCCAAGGGGUGAAGUUCUCGAAACAUGUAGCCGGGAGGAGUGGAUGGUGAUUAUUGUAUUCUAAGUUUUGAGGUUAUGACACUAGCCCAAUAACGAUCAGCGCUCUGCAGCCGCUGUUUUAUUACUAACGUGAUUGUUCUCAGGAAA